CUUCUUCUAUGAAGUAACGUUCAAGAUCCCAAAACAAACCAGGAAACAUGAAAAAUAUCAUUUGGUGGUAGCAUCUACGCUGUAUGUGCCUAUUUGACCUCUGACAGCUAAAAAAGCAACUGUGUGGCAUCUUUUUUUCUUUUUUUUUUUGCAUCACGUUAACAUACUGCUCAUUUUCUGCUGCUGCGCAGACUUAUUCAUCAUUUGGACUGGAUGUAAAGGGAUUGCUCUUUUGUUGACGCUUUCUGAAACACAUUCAUGGCUCAAGACAGUUACAUCCUGAGAGAUGUGUCAGGUCAGAGCACUGAAGAGUGUAGUCCUAACUACCUGGGAGUUGAUUGCAGUUAUCAGUUGGAUGUGGACAGUUUCCAAAACGGCACCACCAUUAAGCGAUUAAGCCUUAAGAGGAGGCCCAGAGUGGCUCUCAAUAAUGUGGAAAAAACACAGGGAGGUAUUUCAUCCGGACAGUGGAAUUCUGCAGAGUCCUUAUCAUCAUCUGGCAGUGGUGAUACGAGACUACUGGGCAUAUCUUCUGCAGCAAAAGGUAGACCCCCCCUUCCUCCACCACAUGGAUCCUCAAUGGAUAGCAAACCUUCCAAGAGCGAAGGUCCAAACACCUCUGCGAUAUUUACACAGUCAAAGCCUCAACCAGCUGUAAGAUGUCUGGCUUCACAAAGACAAAAUCCUGUGAUUGAACAGACCACUGGGGAGACUCACAAGCACAUAAAUCAGGAUGUGGUGGGCCAGUCACCACCUCAGCCCUUUCCUCGUCGACGACUAGCCAGUUUCGGAGGCGUAAGUUCCCCAGGGUCGCUCUCACCCUUUACUGGCCUCGGUGCAUAUAACCAAAACAACAAUGGGAACAAGCCUACUUCUGACAUAAAUAUUCACCUUAGUUCAUCCCAGGGAAGUAGAGGCAGUACAGGAAGCUUGAGGCUGAGCCCACAGAGCUCCGGUAGAUCUACUCCAGUUACAAGUCUUGGGGCCAUGCACCUGCAACACAUCCGUGAUCAAAUGGUGGUUGCUCUGCAAAAGCUGAAGGAGUUGGAAGAACAGGUGAAAAUUAUCCCUAUUCUCCAAGUUAAGAUCUCAGUCCUACAGGAGGAAAAAAGGCAACUGGUCUCUCAGCUUAAGAACCAGAGUGAAAGUGAGGAUCUAAAAGAUGUGAUCUGGAAACAGUCAUCUGGCACAGAAAGUUCUGGCAUUAGGAAUGAGGUGAAUACAGAGGCAGAACUUGAAGGUAUUGAGAAAAGCGAUUACACCGACUUUAGAGAAUUCAGGCAACUGACGGAGGAGAUGCAGGCAUUAGAAAGAGCAAUCAAAGGUGGACAUUUUCAGUCACAGCGAGGAAAGGAUCAUAUCUCCUUGCAGGUCAAGACUGUUAAGUCAGUUGCAGUUGGAACUGAUAUAAAUAUGGAAACGGCCUUUUCUAAACCCUCAAAAGAAAACAAAUAUGUUUACACUGAUCAGGUAGAGACAAGAUCUAUUGCAACAGGAGUGUCUGAAAUUAAUCUUGGCAUUUAUGCAGAGCAGGAGGAAGAGCUUGUUGCCCAGCAACUACUAAAUGAGGCCUUAAAGGAGAGAAUUUGCCAACUAGAAGCAGAGUUGAAAGAAUCAGCUCUCCAGACUGAGUUGACCCGUCUCAAACUGGAGCUUCAAGCUGCAGGAGUGAGGAACCGAGUGGACAAGGCUUGUCUUGCAAGGCCAUCCACUGUCAGUAUAGGUACAGAAAUGAAACUUUUAACUAAAAGCCAGGGAGUAGGUGAUCACACAGAGUUUCGGGAUGCCAGCACAGGAGAGGUAAUAACGGUAAAAACAGUGGGGGUGUCUUGUGAGCCUAAGAUGAAGAACAUCUGCACAGGACCAGAUGUUCCUAUGAACCAAUGGGAGGUCAGGGAGCGAGUGGAGACUAGAGAAAAGGCUGUGGGGAUCCGAGUAUUCACAAGCACACAGGGGGUUGGGACAGAGAUAAAACUGUGCAAUGCAGAAAUGAACACAGAGGUACCAGUGGACAAUCUGAGGUUAAAGAAAGAACAGAUCAAGUGUCAUUCAGUGGCUUGUGGGGAUUUUGUUGUUGAUCUAACUGCUUGUGAGGAAAAAGAAACUGUUUCUCAAGGUAUGACCACUGAUCCAGUCAGAGGAGUUGAUCUGGGAAUUAUGGCGUCACCCCAAAUGGCUUCACAGCGUACAAACACUGUAUCCAGUUUAGUGUCUCGCUUUACCAACACCAGGCAAGCCUUCAGCAGUGACUCCAGCACAAAUACGCUUGUCAGUACCCAAGACAAGCACACCAAUACCACUCACACUUUCACUCGGACAGUGUCUGUGGGCAGCAGGGUCAGAGACUUGACAUGCACCACAGAAACCCGUACGAUUGGUGUAGAUACUGCAAAUCUACCUGAAAGUAUUUCAAAACAGACACCAGAAAUGACCAUCAAGGUAACCAGAGACUCUGGUGUUGGAUACACAAACAUUUAUGACAAUUUUCUGGUCGGACUGACAACUCGAAACAUGGCCUCGGGGCCAUCACACCUUCCUGAUCCCAUUAAGACAAAGAGUAUUGGGGUCGGUGAAGGUAGGAUACAGGACUUUUCAGUUUCAUCUGGAACACAUAGACAGAAACCCCAGCAGUCUACACAGUUCCAGUGGGAUCAGGAGCUGAAUCAUUACAUAGAGAAGAUGCAUAUGCUGUUAAGGGAGCAUGGGGACUUGCUCACAGGGGACACUACUGACCGCUGCAGCAGCUCCAAGCCGCUUUGCAAUAACAAAGCUGUGGCAGAAGGAGGGACAGACAAACACCAGUUCACCACUUAUCCAACAGCAAACACAGAGUUGCAGUUUCCAUCUCAGCCUUCAGCUGACUUCUGCAGGAGUGGCAGAGCUAAUGCAGAAAUCUGCCAGUCGGGAGGUAACAACUCAGAGGUGAAAAGAAUGAUUAAAAUGUUGGAGCAGCAGGCGUCCUCAGCUAUGCAAGACGGGUCAACUAAUGCCUCCAAGCCAAAGUCAGUAAUAAAGAAACAGAGUGGGGACCAGUGCUGUGGCAGCAACAGGAAAAGCAUGAAAUUUAUGAGAGUGACUACAGGAUUGGACCCCAUGUCAGUUUACGAGCAGGAUGAAGUAGAACGAAGAGGAAAUGAAGCAUUUAAGGAUUCUUCUCAAGAUGGAAUCCAAGGAAAAACAGGAAAUGAUGGCUCCAACAAGGGAUCAAAAGGGACUGCGAGAUCAUACUGGCAAUCGAGGUGUAGGUUAAAUGAAAGGAUGCUUUCUGCUUGUCAAGCCUUAAAGAUGCACCUGAGUGAUGACACACCUCUGUCUAGUAGGGAAUUGCAGGACUGUCUACAUACACUCCAGCGAGAGUGGUUCUCUGUGUCCAGUCACAAGUCAGCAGCUCCUGAUAUAGUAGAGGACUAUUUAUCUACAUUUCGGAUCAUUUCACCCUCAGUGUUGCAACACAUAGCGAAUAUAGCUGAUGGCAAUGGAAACACAGCGCUACAUUACAGUGUUUCUCACUCCAACUUUGGCAUAGUUAAAAAGUUGCUGGAAGCAGAGGUAUGUAGCGUGAAUCAGCAGAACACAGCAGGUUACACGCCCAUCAUGUUGGCUGCACUUGCAGCUGUGGAACAUCCAGAGGACAUGAAAGUUGUGGAGCAGCUCUUUGCAAAAGGAGACGUUAACGCAAAGGCCACCCAGGCUGGUCAGACUGCUCUGAUGCUAGCUGUGAGCCAUGGCAGGCUGGACAUGGUGCAGGCACUCCUGGCACAAGGAGCAGAAGUCAAUAUCCAGGAUGACGAGGGCUCCACUGCACUGAUGUGUGCAAGCGAACAUGGCCAUGCAGACAUCGUUAAACUGCUGCUGGCACAGCCAGAGUGUGAUGCCACCCUGACUGACAGUGAUGACAGCACAGCCCUGUCCAUUGCAUUAGAGGCAGGACAUAAUGACAUUGCAGUGCUCCUAUAUGCUCAUGCCAACUUCUUCAGACAGACAGGGGCAGCUGCACGACACAGUGGCAGAUUUCUCUCUUCCUCGGGAGGAAGAAAUGUCUUUGAAUAAAAGGAUGUACCAGAGUAUAGAUGAUGCUUCAUGAUCUCAUGAGGUGAUCUAGUGUCAGAACCUCAGUAACAACCUGACCAAGUUAUUUGUAUCAAUUAACCAGUUAAAUGACAGCUACUUUUUCUUUCUGCAUAGUAUUUUUAGGCCAGUAUUUUUUAGACAUAGCAUAUAUUAUACUCAAACUCAACAAGAUUAUAUAUGCACGGCAGUGUAGAUUACGAUUGUAUAAUCAUAAUUAAUAAUAUGUAUUAUAACUGCAGCCUUUAUGUACUUAUUUCCUUUUUCUAUUUAAAAAUGUACUUUUUGUUACUUUUGUUUAGUCACUGAACUUUGUAUAUCUGUAUUUGUAUCAUAAAAAAAACAUUAAUUUUUAUUUAGAAAUUGUAGCUUUUACAAUAUACUGGUUUAACUGAAAUAUAAUGAUGCAUGAGAAGCUCUUAAUAUGUUAUAAGCUGUUGUUAUACACCAAAACCUUAGCUGCAUGUAAUUAAACAGGACUUUGAAUCUGUGGGAUACAGGGACCCUGAGCUGCAAAAAAACAACAAAAAACCUGCAACACAGCAACAUUUGGAAAACAAAAGGCAACACAGAAUUUCAUAAGCAGAACGGAAACAAAAUUUGUUUUUUUCUACAAUCCCAAUUCCAAAAAAGAUGGGAUGCUAUGUAAAAUGUAAAUAAAAACAGGAUAUGAUUUGCAAAUCUCAGAAAUAUAUAUUUUAUUCCCAGCAGAACGUUAACAACAUAUCAGAUUUUGAAACUGAGACAUUUUAUCAUUUCAUGAAAAAUAUGGAGACCUAGAAUCCUUGUAUUGUCAUUUACAUAAAAUUCACCAUAAAAACUGAUUAAAUAUUAUUGGUGAAUAAAUAUUAGCUCAUUUUGAACACAUCUUAAAAACGUUAGAACAGAGUGAUGAUUACCAUUGUUUAGCAUCCCCUCUUUUUUUAACCACUGUCUAUAAACAUCUGGGAAGUGAGGAGACCAGGUGCUGGAGUUUUAGGAGAGGAAUGUUGUCCCAUUCUGGUCUGAUGCAGGAUACUAGCUGUUUAACAGUCCUGGGCCUUCGGAUUUUUCAUUCUGAAUCUACAUUUCUUAGAAAGACCUUGACUGCAGACAGGUCAGUUCAUCACGCAGACUUUUGUCCUGCGAAGCCAUGCUGUUGUGAUCCAGUUUAUGGUUUCAGAUUGUUUUGCUGAAAUUUGCAUGGGAGCAGAUAAUGCUCUAAAACAGGGAUGUCAAGGUUCAAUCCUUGAGGGCACGGUCCUGCAGGUUAUAGAUGUUUCCCAGCUCCAACACACCUAAUUCAAAUUAAAUGGAUCCAACAGCUUUUUGUCAAGUUCUGCACAAUGACUCGUUAAUUUGAGUCAAAGACUGUUAAAGCAGGAAAAGAUUUACAACCUGCAGGACAGUGAAGUUUCCACAGUUACUGAUGUAACCCCAUACCAUCAGAGAUGCAGGCAUAUGAACUGUCCAUUGAUAAAAGGCUGGGUGGUCCCUUCCCUCUUUAUUUUUUCAGAACAAGGCAUCCAUAGUGUCCAAAAAGAAAUUCAAAUUUUUAAUUAAUCUUACAAGAGAACCAUUUUCCUCUUUUUUUCCCACCCUCUGAUGAUUUUAAAUUCAUUUUAGUCCUGAGAAGAUAGCAUUGCUUCUGGACUGUGUUAAUGUAUGACUUCUUCUUUGCAUGAUAGAGCUUUAGCCUGCAUUUGUGGAUUGCACAGUUAACUAUGUUCACAGACAGUGAUUUCUGGAGGUGUUCCUGAGCCCAUGCAGUGAUUUCUAGCAAUUUUACAUUGAAGAACAUUUUCCUCAAAUUGUUCUAUUUGUAGACAUAGUUUGUCGCAGAUUAUUGAACCUCUGCCCACUUUUACAUCUAUGAAAUGUGACAUCUGAAAUGCUGUUUUUAUAUCCAGUCGUUUUAUUAACCACUUAACCUAAUUAGUGAUCAAAUGCUCCUGCGGUUGUUUUUAAUUUGUGCCAGUUACAUUUCCAGCUUUUGUUGCCUCUCUCUACAACUCAAACAUGUUGAGUUGUAUAGUUUCCAUCAACAUGAAAAUGACCAUUUUAUCAUUAAAAUGGUCAAAUGUCGCAGUUUCAGCAUCUGAUAUGUUAUUUAUAUUUAAUUAGGAAUAAAAUCUGAAUUUAUGAGAUCUGCAAAUAAUUUAAUUCUGUUACAUUUUGCACAGUCUUCCAGCCAUUUUAUGGUGCUUUUGGUUGUUUUUGUCCAGCAUUGUGUUCAGCACCUCAGAUGUGCUGUAAUUUCAGGUAUUUAAAGUUGAUGACAUGAAUAAAUAUUUGUGUACUUUGGGAUUAAAUACAUGGAUCAAUGCUAUUCAUUGCUAGUCUGGUUUUUUUAAACAUAGAGGUAGAACCACAAGGCUUGUUUAACAUUUCUUUUAGUAUAAAAUACAUACCAUAUAUUGC